UAGCUUGACAUACGGAGUAUACCAGCGUGGAUUGCCGUAUGUACAGCGCGCCUGUAAGAGGAUCUGAGGCACACGUACGGUUAUGAGGUCACUGGUGAGGAACAGCGUGGUGGUCUUUAUGUUACUGGUGGUACUGGGAUGGAUACCACUUUGCAGUGGGAGGCCAGAUCCCAGUCAGCGGGAGUCUCUGAUGAGGGAGGAGGCUUUCCGGCGGACGGGGGGUGGAGUGCUUUUAACACAGGAGGAGCUGGAUCUCAAUACAAAAGUGCAAAAACUGAAGGCACAGGAGAUGGUGCUACCGGAGUUUCCUCCCACCAUGCAUUUCUUCAAAGCCACGCCCUUUAUCCAACGCAGCCCCAUUUUCAGUCUGCUUAAGAGGAUGCCCAAAGGUGCAGCCCUGCAUGUCCAUGAUUUUUCCAUGGUGGACAUGGAGUGGGUGGUGAAGAACGUGACUUACAGAGAAAACUGUUAUGUGUGCUUCACCGAUGACCAGUCAGUGCGGUUUCUCUUCUCCUUUGGACAGCCAAAACCUCUCCCUCAUUGCUCCUCGUGGUCACUACUUAAGACGCUGAGGAGCAAGAUAGCCAACAGCACAGCUCUGGACAACAGUUUCAUUCGUAAUCUCACUCUUGUCACUAAAGACCCAGACAGUGCCUACCCAAACCAAGACAUCGUGUGGAAGAAGUUUGAACAGGCCUUUCUGGUGGUCUAUGGCCUGGUCACUUAUGCUCCUGUGUUCAAAGAUUACUUCUAUGAAGCUCUGAGAGAAUUCUACACAGAUAACGUCAUGUAUAUAGAAAUGAGAGCAUUACUACCAGAGACGUACGAGCUAGACGGCAGGAGAAAUGACAGGGCUUGGAGUCUGCAGGCUUGUCAAGAUGUUCUCAGACAGUUUAUGAGAGAGCAUGCAGACUUCUUUGGUGCUCGAAUUAUCUUCACAGUCCACAGAGGGAUAAAUGAUACUGAGGCUAUAAAGGCUGUGGAGGAAGCUAUGAAACUACACAGAGAAUUCCCAGAGAUUAUGGCAGGCUUUGACUUUGUGGGUCGAGAGGACGCAGGAAGACCUCUGUGGUAUUUCAGGGAGGCUCUGUCUUUGCCGGAGGAACGCGGUGUUACCUUACCGUACUUUUUUCAUGCCGGUGAAACUAAUUAUGAGGGUACCGAGGUUGAUCAGAAUGUGCUAGAUGCUCUCCUGUUCAACACUACACGUAUCGGACAUGGCUUCGCAAUGGUUCAUCACCCACUGGCCAAGGAGCUGUCCAGGAAGAUGAAUGUGGCAGUGGAGGUUUGCCCCAUUUCCAACCAGGUUCUGAAGCUGGUCUCAGAUCUGCGGAACCAUCCUGCAGCUGUGUUAAUGUCAGAGGGCCAUCCGCUGGUGAUCAGUUCUGAUGACCCGGCCAUAUUUGGGGCCUCUGGCCUCUCUUAUGAUUUUUAUGAAGCAUUUAUGGCCUUUGGUGGGAUGAACUCCCAUUUAGGAACGCUUAAGGAAUUAUCCAUGAACUCCAUCAGGUACAGCUCCUUGUCCCCUGAGAUGAAGGAGAAAGCCUUCGCUAUUUGGCAGAAGAAAUGGGACAAGUUUGUCUCUGAAAGCUUAUAAAAAGAUGAGAAGAGAGCAGACUACAAGAUAAACGCACCACAUUGAGUAAUCUAAACUGGUUUAAAUGUAUAGGUAGCCAAAGGUGACUGCACUAAUUAUAUGGCACAACUGUUAUUAGCAAGGGCUUGGACUACUAAGGCUUCACAGAGUGCUAUAAAGAGAUGCCCAUCUCAAUGUCUCCAUUUUAAGUGUGGAAUCUGCCCUCUACUGGACAAGGUGUGAGUUGAACUCUCCCCGUGUCAGUCAAGUCUGUUCCUCUGCCCACAACAAAAUGGAGGCCUCAGAUACUUGACUUUAGAUUGCUGCAUAGAAUCAGAUGCAUACAACUGUGCAUGCAUGUGUCAAUUAAGUACUCAAACAUAGACUCGCUUCUGUGUUUACAAACUUGUUUACUGAGAUAGGG